AUGAUUAAAGAGAGCCAAAAUCAAAGGGCCAAUUUGACCUCGCAUCCUAAACACCGCCGGCAUAUUGCGCGUGUGGUCCCCGGAGUGGCACUGUCCGACAUCAGUUCCACAACAUCUGUUCGUCGUACAGCUACCUCUCGAUCUCGUUGUCUGGCUGUCAUCCCUCUCCUCUGUCUGCAGUCCGAUCGACUUAGCGCCUCCCUCGAAAUGCCUGUCUUCUCUUUUUGUUUGAUCUUUCUGUAG